AUGGAGUAUACUUGUAACUCCAAACUCAUCUCCAUUGCUUUUUUCUCUCUAUUGUUCAUUGCUAGCAGUUUUGGUCAGGCCAACCAAACUUUCCAUGCCAACAAUGAAUCAAGGAAAUUGAAAAGGAUUAGAGCUUACCUCAACAAGAUCAAUAAGCCUGCUGUCAAGUCAAUUAAGAGUCCGGAUGGUGAUAUUAUAGAUUGUGUUUUGUUUCAUCAACAACCGGCCUUUGAUCAUCCAUUGCUAAAGGGGAAAAAGUCAUUGGUGAAUACAACAUUAUUACCUAAAGCCCACAAUAACUCAAACCAUGAGUUCAAAAGCUUCCAGGAGUGGAGAAAGUCUGGAGAAACAUGCCCAGAAGGAACAGUUGCCAUCAGAAGGACAACUGAACAAGACAUUCUGAGAGCUGGUUCUGUUCGCAAGUUCAGACGAGAAGUCAUACGAUAUCAAUCAGAUGGGGAUGACCUGGAAUGGGCAUUAGCAUUCCUAGAUGGAGGAAAAUAUAAGGGAGCGGCGGCAGAUGUGAACGUUUGGGCACCUCGUGUAAGCGACAAUCAAGAAUUCAGCACAGCACAAAUCUAUGUUGGUGCUGCAACAAAUGACCAGGACGCCAACUCCCUUCAGGCUGGCAGCGCCAUAUCUGUUUGGGGACAGUUGGCCAAGACUCUUCAGCUAUUGGACGGCUAUGUUCACAGCAGUCCUAGCGUGGCCAUUGGGGCAAGAAUAACUACACCAUCCACAUAUGGUGGGGUCCAACAUGAUGGUUACUAUGAAAUUAGGCAGGACAUGGAUAAGGAAAGGUGGGUGCUGAGAUUUCUAUCAACAAGCAAUGAGAUUGGGUAUUGGCCAAUGUCCUUGUUUACACACCUCAACAAGGGUCCAGCAACGAUGUUAGAGUUUGGUGGUUCUGUUAGGAACAAGAAGACCAAUGGAGUUCACACAGGAACUCAAAUGGGGAGUGGGCAUUUCGCAGAAGAGGGUUUCGGAAAGGCAGCUCACAUUAGUAAUAUAAAAAUGGCUGAUGAUAGUAAUUUUGGCGUCCCCUAUAGCGCUGGACUUCUUCAAACUUCUGCUAAAUCUUCCAAUUGCUAUAAUGUCAAGUUUACAGCCAAUGACAAGAGCUGGGGCAGUUAUAUAUACUAUGGAGGGCCAGGGAAAAAUGACAAUUGUCCCUAA